UCUCACCUUCCUUCAAUGAUCCUUUUUAGUUCCCUUCAUCUCAUUGUUUCUUGAAACCAUCUCCGAACUCAUUGGAUAUCAGAAACAAUGGAAGUGAUGAGUUUGACUGCUCCAUCUUCACCAAGACAAUUCUCUGGUUGCUUCUUAAGUGCACCAACAAGCCCUAGAAGAAUCACAGAGUUCUAUAGAGAAUUCAACGAGGGGACAGCAAGAAACUUCUCCGACCGUCUUACGGUUCCUUUUGAUUGGGAAGAGACUCCGGGAACUCCUAGGAAGAUCAUCAACGAUGAAGAAGAUGAUAUUGUCGAUGAUUUCGCUUUCGAGAUUGGUGAGAAGCUUGAAACGACGUCGCUUUUUGCUGAAGAGCUUUUUGAUGGAGGCAAAAUCAAACCCUUGAAGCCUCCUCCGUAUUUACAAUUAGAUCAUCAGCAUCAUCAUCAGCCUCAGAUUGUAUCUCCAAGGUCUCCGAGAUCACCUAUUGCUCACGGUAAAGACAUUAUUCGCAAAGCUUUUUCUCCAAGAAAGAAACCGGUAGAGGUGGAUCCUUUUGAGGUGGCUAUGGAUAACGCUCGGAACGGUGUAGAAGAAGAAAGAGGGAGAGGGAGACGUCAAAACUCGAACCGUAGAGUCGCCCGAUCACUUUCUCCUUUUCGGGUUUCAGCUUAUCCAUGGGAAGAACAAGAACAAGAACAGAGAGAGGUACAAGAACAGAGGAAAGUGUCUUUGUCUUCUGUUCCGUCCACAUCUUCAUCAACUUGCGUGUCUUGCAAGUCAUCUUCUUCAAGAAAAUGGAGGCUAAAGGACUUUCUUCUGUUCCGUAGCGCAUCAGAGGGAAGAGCAAGGCAUAGUAAAGAAUCCGUAAAGACGUUUUCGGGGUUCUUUAGGAAGCAAGAAGACACCAAGAACUCGAGUUCACGAGGAAAAGGGUCUUCACCAUCUGUCUCAGCCCAUGAGUUCCAUUACAUGGCUAAGAAAGCACAAACAAAAGAUUUGAAGAAGAAGACUUUCUUGCCUUACAUGCAAAUAGGACGAUUCGCCUUCUAAAUUAGUUCAUCUAAAGCCAAAAGUAAAAUAGAUUUAUUUUUUUGUUCAAUUAUGUUAUGUGAAGGACCAAGUCUCUUCUUCUCUCUUGUAUGGUUGAUUUGUGUUUGAAAGCCUGUAGAAAUGAACAUUUCUUGUGUACAUUACUUUUCCUAUAUGCAUUACUAUGACUCACAUUAUGUGACUGUCCAUCUUGUUACA